AUGAACAAGAGCUGCUUGCGUUUUAUUUUUUAAUGAAUAUCAUAGUUCCUAUGACAAACUUCUAAAUAACAUCAAUCGGCCUAGCCUGCACAAUCGUAGAAUACAUGAUGUGUUAACUCUUGUAUAUAAGUCUUUUCACGGUUUGGCCCCUAGUUAUGUUAACGAGCUACUGAUAGAAAGAAAUUCUUCUUACAAUUUGCAUGGUAAACACUCUCUUAGUAUUCCCAGAGUUCAAUCGACCAAAUAUGGUUUGCACUCCUUUCGCUACUCUGCCAGCAAAUAUUGGAAU